GGGCGGUGUGCAGCCCUUCUCGGUGUCGCGUUGCUGUUUUGGUAUUUGCUGGGCGGGAAGCACUAGUAGUCGCAGAAUGAGCGAGGCGGACGGGCUACGGCAGCGCCGGCCCCUGCGGCCGCAAGUCGUCUCUGAUGACUGGCAGAUCCCGGAGACCAAGGACUGCAGCUCCUUUAGUGGCAGAGUUUUCCGAGUGACCUUUUUGAUGCUGGCUGUUUCCCUCACCAUUCCACUUCUUGGAGCCAUGAUGCUGCUGGAUUCUCCCAUAGAUCCACAGCCUCUCAGCUUCAAAGAACCCCCUUGCUUGCUUGGUGUUCUGCAACCAAAUACGAAGUUACGACAGGUGGAAAGGCUAUUCGAAAAUCAACUUAUUGGGCCAGAGUCCAUAGCAAUUAUUGGGGAUGUGAUGUUUUCUGGUACAGCAGAUGGCCGGGUUAUAAAAUUUGAAAAUGGUGAAGUAGAUACCAUCGCCCAGUUUGGGUCAGGUCCAUGCAAAACCCGAGAUGAUGAACCUGCCUGUGGGAGACCUCUGGGCAUCCGGGCAGGGCCCAAUGGGACCCUCUUUGUGGCCGAUGCCUAUAAGGGACUAUUUGAAGUAAAUCCCUGGAAACGUGAAGUGAAACUGUUGCUGUCCUCUGACACACCCAUUGAGGGGCGGAAAAUGUCCUUUGUGAAUGAUCUUACAAUAACUCAGAAUGGGAGGAAAAUUUAUUUUACGGAUUCCAGCAGCAAGUGGCAAAGACGAGAUUAUCUACUUCUGGUUAUGGAAGGAACAGAUGAUGGGCGCCUGCUAGAGUAUGAUACAGAGACCAAGGAAGUAAAGGUUUUACUGGACCAGUUGCGGUUCCCUAAUGGAGUGCAGCUUUCUCCUGCAGAGGACUUUAUCCUGGUGGCGGAGACGACCAUGGCAAGGAUAAGAAGAUUCUACGUGUCUGGCCUGAUGAAGGGAGGGGCUGACCUGUUCGUAGAGAACCUGCCUGGAUUCCCAGACAACAUCCGGCCCAGCAGUUCUGGAGGGUACUGGGUCUGCAUGGCAACCAUUCGCUCCAACCCUGGGUUUUCAAUGUUGGAUUUCUUAUCCAGGAGACCUAGUAUUAAAAGAAUGAUGUUUAAGCUGUUUAGUCAGGAGAUGGUGAUGAAGUUUCUGCCAUGGUAUAGCCUCGUCCUAGAACUCAGCGACAGUGGGGCCUUCUGGAGAAGCCUGCAUGAUCCGGAUGGGCAAGCGGCCAUCUACGUCAGUGAAGUGCAUGAACAUGAUGGGCACCUAUACCUGGGCUCCUUCAAGGCCCCCUUUCUUGGCAGACUCAGCCUUCAGUCUGUCUAGCUGUCCUGAUUGCUGCCGUGAUCAUGGCUCUGCCAGGAGUCACCACACUGGGCACCACACCUGAUUUAGUACACCAUGGCCACAGCCCUUUUCACCUGUGGUACUGGUCCUUGGAAGUGUGGUGUGACCCUGUAGACAUAUGGGCCCCUGUACGACAGCCCUCACCUGGGCUUGACUUCUCAUGUAAAGAGAGGCAUAACAUCUGCCAUUGGAAGAUAAGUUCAUGUAAAGCUAUUUUCUCUUAAAAAAUCCUAAGUAUAGUAAAUUUUCUGGGACUUAAGGGACAUCAUGUACUUUGAGCAAGCCUUAGGCUUUGGUGGAUAGAGCAGUAGAUGAGUUGUCUCUGGAUCUUGUUUUAGCUACUGACUCUGUCCUGUCAGCCUCAAUGUCUUUAUUAUAAAACAGGGUAAUGCCUAUCUUACAGGGAGAAGCACAGGAAGGGCAAGGGUUGCUCAGAGCAAAAGUGCAUGGAGGCCAAUGGGUGGAGCUAUGCCAGCACUGAUGUUAGCUCUGCAUUCUCCAGAGUUGUGUGGGACUUGGGAUUUCCUUGAUCCCUGGGAUUUCCUUUCCAUUGCUCCCACCCUCCAUCCUACUCUGGCUCCUAACAGGGUUUUUGUUAAAACUCCCGAGUCCCAUCAAUUAUAUAAAGGUAAGGAAGGACCUGAGUAAGUGCAUAGGAAAAGCAUAUUGAUUUCAACAGCUCCAACAGGACUUACUAGGUUUUUCUCUGAACAACCUACCACCCAAAUUGAAAGACCCAGCAGCUGGGUGAAUUGAGGGCAGUCCUGUUUACACACGUUGUUCCUCACCUCUAGAUCCACAGAUGUGAAUAGUACACGUGUUAAUGUCAUAUUCACUUGACUGUUACAAGCCUGAAAGUUGCUGUAUGUCUACAUGCUGGCCGUAAUUUUGUUAGGGAGACCCAUGAAAUGAUGAUAAUUAAACUUUUAUGUGAAUUAGUCUUUUUUGAUGAUGUUGCCAAGGAGUUUCCUCUCUACUUUAAAUGUAAUUAUUUUAACAGUGACAGAAAUUUGAUUCCAUCCAUUGUUGAUAUGGGAAUUGUUUUGGCUAGGACCUUAUUUCAGGGACAGGCAGUUCAUCCGAUUUGCUUAGGACCUCUCAUGAGGUAGCAGCCAGGCUCAGCCUCUUCCAUUGCUGCCUCCCAGAAUAAAUUCAUUCUUGAACAAGUUGAUAUUGUACCGCUUUCUUGUUUUCUAACCUACAAAAUAGGUCUGUUUCUAUUCUGUCCUGAAAACAGGUUGUGCCUCUAGGAUAGUUACAUUUUUUUCAAGAUUCAUUUUUAAAGAUUUUAUUUAUUUAUUUUUAGAUAGAGGGGAAGGGAGGGAGACGGAAAGAAAUGUGGGUGUGAGAGAAAAACCUCAUUCAGUUAUAUCUUGUAUGUGCCCCAACCAGGGGCCAACCCGCAACCUAGGCAUGUGCCCUAGACUGGGAAUCGAACCAGCAGCCUUUUGCUCUGCAGAAUGAUGCCCAGUCCACUGAUCUAUACCAGUCAGGGCUCACUGGGAUAGUUUAUAAAGAAUUUGACAAAAACAAUAUUUUACUUUGUUUUUUAAACUUUAUUGUUCAAGUAGAGCUAUCUGCAUUUCCCCCCCACUAUUCUCCACCCAUAUCUAUUGAUAUGAUCAUGUGAUUUUUGUCUUUCCUUUUGUUCAUGUGAUGUAUUUCAUUUAUUGAUUUGCAAAUAUUGUACCAUCCUUGCAUCCCUGGGAUGCAUCCCACUUGGUCAUGGUGUAUGAUCUUUUUAAUAUAUAUAUAUUUUUAAUUUUUAUUAUAUUGAUUAUGCCAUUACAGUUUUUCUAUUCCCCCCUCCCCCCUCUACCCUGCACCCCCCACAAUUUCCCCCCUUUAGUUCAUGUCCAUGUAUCUCAAGUUCUUUAGAUUCUAUAUUUCCCAUACUAUUCUUGCCCUCUCCCUAUCUAUUUUCUACCUACCAUGUAUGCUACUUAUUUUCUGUACCUUCUCCUUCUCCCACUCCCCUGUUGCUAACCUUCCAUGAGAUCUUCAUUUCUAUGUUUCCACUCCUGAUCUAGCUCUCCUUUUAGUUUGCUUUUGUUUUAGAUGUGGUCGUUAAUAACUGUGAGUUUGCUGUCCUUUCACUGUUCAUCUUUUUUAACUUCUUUUUCUUAGGUAAGUCCCUUUAACAUUUCAUAUAAUAAGGGCUUGGUGAUGAUGAACUCCUUGAAUUUGAUCUUAUCUGAGAAGCACUUUAUCUUUCCUUCCAUUCUAAAUGAAAGUUUUGCUGGAUAGAGCAAUCUUGGUUGUAGGUCUUUGGAUUUCAUGACUUGGAAUAUCUCUUUCCAGCCCCUUCUUGCCUGUAAGGUCUUUUUUGAGAAAUCUGCUGACAGUCGGAUGGGAACUCCUUUGUAGGUGACUGUCCCCUUAUCUCUUGCUGCUUCUAGGAUUCUCUCCUUCAUUUGAAUCUUGGCUAAUGUAAUGAUGAUGUGCCUUGGUGUGUUUCUUCUUGGGUGCAACUUCUUUGGGACUCUCUGAGCUUCCUGGAUUUCCUGGAAGUCUAUUUCCUUUGCCACAUUGGGGAAAUUCUCUUUUAUUAUUUGUUCAAAUAAGUUUUCCACUGGUGGCUGUUCCUUUACCCUUUCUGGUACCCCUAUAAUUUGGAUGUUGGAGCAUUUGAUGAUGUCCUGGAGGUUCCUAAGUCUCUCCUCAUUUUUUUGAAUUUUUGUUUCUCCAUAUUUUCCUGUUCGGUCAUUUUUUCCUUCCUUCUGGUUCACUCCCUUGAUUUGAGACCCAGUUUCCUUUUUAUCACUAUUGGUUUCCUAUGCAGUUCCCUUCAUUUCAAUUAGUUUAGCCUUCAUAUGUUCCUCUAAUUUGUGACUAAAAUCAACCAGUUCUGUGAGCAUCCUGAUGACCAGUGUUUUGAACUGUGCAUCUGAAAGUUUGGCUAUUUCUUCAUCACUUAGAGUUAUGGGCUCUGGAGCUUUGAGAUGAUCUUGAGUCAUUUUUGGUCUGUUCGAGCCCGUUAAGUAUGAGGAGUGGAGCCUUAGGGGUGGGGUGGGGGCACCAGGGCGAGGUCGCUGGGUUGUGACGCUAUAUGUGGGGGCAGAGUGAGAGCGGGGAAAUGGCGGUCCUCUCUGCUGCUGCCUGCCGCUGGGUCACGCUGGGGCCCGCUUGGUCCUAUCUCACUGCACACUCCCUCGCUGGUCUAUCUGCGAAGUAUUGCGGCACCAUAGUCAAUGCACCGCCCUGCAUCCUGGCCAGAUCUGUGGGUUGCUCACUGGGUCGGCCCUUUGCAACCCCACACCUGGGAUCGACACCUGAGACCAUCUGACCCAGUUUUCUUGUGCAACUCCGCUCCGCCAGCUGCUGGUUUCGCCCCUCUUACCAGUCAGGCUGAAGCAUUCAUUGUUAUCAGACUUCCGAAAAGUUCAAUUUUCUGUGUUCUGGCUGUGUUUUCAGUUACUAAUGUUUUGUUGUCUCUAAACUUGGUUGUGUGAGAAAGCACGGCAUCUCCACCUAUGCCUCCUCCAUCUUGGCGGAAGUCCAAUCUUUUUAAUAUAUUGCUGCAUGAAGUUUGCCAGUAUUUUGUUGAAGAUUUUAGCAUCUAUGCUCAUGAGUUAUAUUGGCCUAAGUUUUCUUUCUUUCUUGUGUCUUUAUCUGGUUUUGGGAUUAGAAUGAUGCUGGUUUCAUAAAAAGAGCUUGGGAGUCUUCCACCUCGAAUUUUGUGGAAUAAUUUGUGAAGGAUAGGAGUUAGCUCUUCCUUAAAUGCUUUGUAAAAUUCUGUGGAACCAUGUGGUCCAGGGCUUUUGGGUGUUGGGAGGUUUUCGAUUACUGCUUCAAUUUUGUCACCUGUUAAUUGGUCUCUUCAGGCUUUCUGCUUCUUUUUUGCUGAGUUUUGGAAAAUUAUAUUUUUCUAGAAAUUUGUCCAAUUCAUCUAGGUUUUCAAAUUUCUUGGCAUACAGUUCUUAGUAGUAAUUCUUACAAUCUUGUGUAUUUCUGUGGUGUCAGUUGUAAUAUCUCCUCUUUCAUUUCUGAUUGUGUUUAUUUGGAUCCUCUCUUUUCUUUGUGAGCCUACUUAAUGGCUUGUUGAUUUUGUUUAUCUUUUCAAAAAACCAACUCCUGGAUUCAUUGAUCCUUACAAUUUUGCUUUUAGUUUCUAUGUAAUUUAAUUCCGCUCUGAUCUUAGUUAUUUCCUUCCUUCUACUUGUUCUGGGCUGUCUUUGUUGUUGUUCCUCGAGUUUUUGUAGGUGUGGGGUUAGGUUGUUUGUUUGAAAUGUUUCUAUCUUUUUUAGAUAGGCCUGUAUUGCUAUGAACUUCCCUCUCAGGACUGCCUUGGGUGUGUCCCAUAAGUUUUGGGUUGUUGUGAGUUCAUUUUCAUUUGUUUCCAGAAACUUUUUUAUUUCUUCCUUAAUUUCAUCUUGACCCAUUUGUUGUUUAAUACCAUGCCAUUCAAUCUCCAUGAUUUUGGGUGUUUCAGGUUUUUUCAUUUGGUGUUGGUUUCCAAUUUCAGUCCCUUGUGGUCAGAGAAAAUGCUUAGUAUGAUUUCAAUUUUCUUGAAUUUGUUGAGGCUCUUUUUGCGUCCUGUCACGUGGUCUGUCUUUGAAAAUGUUCCAUGUGCAUUUGAAAAGAAUGUGUAUUUAACUUUUUGGGGGAUGAAGGGCUCUCUCUCUAUAUAUAUCAGUUAUGUCCAUUUGAUUAGGACAUUGUUCAGUGUUGCAAUAUCUUUGUUGAUAUUUUGUUUGGAAGUUUUAUUUAUUUUUUACAGUGGAGUGUUAAAAUCCCCUAGUAUAAUUGUGUUGCUGUCAAUAUCUUUCUUGAAGUCCUCCAAGAUUUUCUUUAUAUAUUUGGAUGCUCUUUUGUUGGAUGAAUGUACAUUCACAAUGUGUAUGUCUUCUUGAUGGAUUCUUCAAUUAAAAUUUUUUAAAAUA